AUGGAUUUGCUUUGCUACAACAGAGAAAAUGGCCAAUUAGACGCUUUUUUGCGAGGGUUUUAUUCAAAACUACUAAAGAAAGACACUUAUAAAAAAUUUCAAGAAUGUGAACGUUUAGACGACAUAAUUCCAUGUCUAGAUGACACAGUUUACGAAAAAUAUUUCGAAGACGAACAAAAAUUCACCGAUAUCAAAUCUUUUGUCAUACAGUUUAAACGGGCUUUAGCAGAAGAUUAUAAGCUUUUUUGUCGCUACGCCAGUCCACUGGCUCACAAAUUCAUCGACUAUCUGUCGUACGAGUCAAUUAUUGACAAUAUCAUUCUAUUGUUGCAAUUUUCUGUCGAAGAACGUUCUAAACCAGAUGUCAUCAACAUGCUAGAUCCGCUGGGAUGGAACAACGAUCUAGAACUGCUUUUACAUUUCAACGGAGAGCUGACAGAGCUAUUUCGCAUAGUGCUUUUUGACACACCUGUUGGCCCGUAUUUCGAACGAUAUUUAGAACUCCUACGAGACGGAAACUCUGAAUUGAACUUCACAUUGGAUCAGAUUGAUUUUGAACUAAUGAGAGUUUGCUUAAUUCGAUUUUGGCUUGAAGAUUAUUAUAAUUUUGUCUACGGCAAAAUAUACGUAUUGUCUGGUACGAAUAUUCAUGAGUACGAAGAAUUGGAAAUAAUUUCUGAUGAAAACGAUGAUAAAUCUGUUGUUAAAACGAAAAAACGGAAAUUAGAUUUGUUCUCAGCCAAUAUUUGUGACCAAAAAGAAGCUGUUAUAAAAGGAAAUCUCAAAGUUCAAAAUGCCAGUGUCUUAAUUGGAAGUGGAUUACUAAAGGUUUACGGAUCAAUUUCUGCUGCUCAAGGAAUGAAUAUUGAUUACGGUUCACAGGUCCAAGUGGGUUUUGGUAAAAACAAAGAGAACGCAGACUUUUUAAAAAAUCAUUUUAAUCAUCCUCUGUUAAAAGAAGAUGUACUUAGCGAAAUAACUAUGAUUGAUAUUACAUGCCCGAAUAGAUCCAUUAACAAUAAAACAAUAAAAAAAGGAGAUCAUGGUUCAGUUGUGAGACAUCAAGGUGACAUGAAUAUCAAUAAGAUUUUAUCGAUCAACAAAAAUUCAGAACUUGUUUUGCUCGGACGCAUGAAAGCAGAUAUGCUGGAAAUCGGAUUAGGAAGCAAAAUCACAAUAUUAGAAAGCAAUAACCAUACCUUAACUACAUCUAAAUAUUGUGUCGAGAUUAGUACUCAUUUAUUUAUGUCAAACUUUACGGUUUUCAAAUGUCAUUGCGCUAUUUUGGCUGAAUUAAUAGAAAUUGAAAACGCUGACUUAUUUAAAGUCAAAGACCUGACUGUAAAUACUAACUUUAUAAUUGACGGUAUUCAAAAAAUGGAAGUUGGUCAUCAAUUAAUUAUUCACGAAAAUCUUCAUUUGGAAAACGUAGUUGCUCAACUUAAUAAACUGAUUUCUUCGGAUAAAAUUGUGUUUAAAAACAAUGCAAUGAUAAAUACUAAUUCUAUAAUAAUGAAAGGAUGUUUACUUGCUUUAAGUAACAAAGUUAAAACCGAAAUCAAAGAAUUAACAAUUAUUGAUGCGGAAAUAUGUGAUAGAGUAACAAUAUUCGCAAGUACAAACAGUGAACUAGAUAUUUUAAACUUAGCUAUUGAAAAUGGCACCACUAAAAUGCAAGAAAGUACAAAUAUAUCGAAAGAAGUUCCUAUUGAUAAUAUAAUAUUACUCGAAUCAAAAUCUAGAGCUAAAAUUACAGUUAUUAAAGGUAACACAACUUUGAUAGCCAGAGAUAAUUCCAACCUUGACAUAACUUAUAAGACUAAUCUGUCGAAAAUACCUAUAAUUGAGUCUUUGACAGGUAGUUUUAUUAAUAUUUUGAAAGCAAAUCAAUUAAUUUUAGAUUUAGCAAAAGUCAUACUGAAUGCAAAAUUACACUUUAGCUUUGCCGAAAAACUAGUAAUAAAUAAUAUAAACAGUUAUACAAACAGUAAAAUAUCCCUUAACGGAAACAAUAUCUUUAUUUCUAAUUUAAUUGAUAUUGAAGAACGAUCAACGAUGUUAAUACAAGCCAAUAAUACGGAAAUCACAACAAAUACUACCAUUUCCACUCGUAGUGCGUUGUUCAUCAAUUCAGAAAAAAUCAACAACAAUACGUGCAAUAAGAACAGUUUAGUUAAAGUAAAUCUUCACGAAGUAAACAAUCAAUUGAUUGUUCGUGAUUAUAGCACGCUCGAAAUAAAUUCGUUGCUAUCGAUUAAAGAAGCAAUCGAACUUUUGGUAUCUUCACAAAAGAAAAUAGCAACGAUAUCGUAG